AGGAGCGGCCCCGCCGGAGGGGCGGAUCUUUAGAGGUGCAUACCAGAGCCCCCCCGAUACUACAUGCCUGCAUUUCAAUUGUGUUGCAUCGUUACAUAAAGUGUCGAGCCAGGGAGAGGAGAGGUUCUGCUCCCGCUCAACGGAUCCCGAGUUUCCUCGCUGACUUACGCCGCACCAGGUGGUCCCUUAGUCCCGCCCCCCUCCCCUGUUCCCCCGUAACCCCCCCGGGAACGAUGUCUCAGCGGAACGGCCCCGAGGACCCUGAGCGCUACCUCUUCGUGGACCGGGCGGUGGUCUACAACCCCGCCUCGCAGGCCGACUGGACGGCCAAGAAGCUGGUAUGGGUCCCGUCGGAGCGCCACGGCUUCGAGGCGGCGAGCCUGCGCGAGGAGCGCGGCGAGGAGGUGGUGGUGGAGCUGGCGGAGAACGGCAAGAAGGCGGUGGUGGGCAAGGACGACAUCCAGAAGAUGAACCCGCCCAAGUUCAGCAAGGUGGAGGACAUGGCGGAGCUCACCUGCCUCAACGAGGCGUCCGUCCUCCACAACCUCAAGGACCGCUACUACUCCGGGCUCAUCUACACGUACUCGGGCCUGUUCUGCGUGGUCAUCAACCCCUACAAGAACCUGCCCAUCUACUCGGAGAACAUCAUCGAGAUGUACCGCGGCAAGAAGAGGCACGAGAUGCCCCCGCACAUCUACGCCAUCUCUGAGUCGGCCUACCGCUGCAUGCUGCAAGAUCGUGAGGACCAAUCCAUUCUUUGCACAGGAGAGUCGGGAGCAGGCAAGACGGAGAACACUAAGAAAGUGAUCCAGUACCUGGCCCACGUCGCCUCCUCCCACAAGGGUCGCAGAGACCACAACAUUCCUCCUGAAUCUCCCAAAGCAUUGAAGCUCCAGGGUGAGUUGGAACGGCAGCUCCUCCAGGCUAAUCCCAUCCUGGAGGCCUUCGGCAACGCCAAGACAGUGAAGAACGACAACUCGUCUCGAUUCGGCAAGUUUAUUCGAGUCAACUUCGAUGUCGCUGGAUACAUCGUGGGGGCCAACAUUGAGACCUACCUCCUGGAGAAGUCCAGGGCCAUCCGACAGGCCAAAGACGAGAGGACCUUCCACGUGUUCUACCAGCUGCUGGCGGGGGCCGGGGAGCACCUCAAGACCGACCUGCUGCUAGAGGGAUUCUCCAGCUACCGUUUCCUGUCCAAUGGGAACGUGACGAUCCCCGGCCAGCAGGACAAGGACAACUUCCAGGAGACCAUGGACGCCAUGCACAUCAUGAGCUUCUCCCAUGAAGAGAUCGUUUGUAUGUUGAAGGUGGUGUCCGCGGUCUUGCAGUUUGGGAACAUAUCGUUCCGGAAGGAGAGGAACACGGACCAGGCCUCCAUGCCUGAGAACACAGCGGCCCAGAAGCUGUGCCACCUGCUGGGCAUGAACGUCAUGGAGUUCACCCGGGCCAUCCUGACCCCCAGGAUCAAGGUGGGCCGGGACUACGUCCAGAAGGCCCAGACCAAGGAGCAGGCAGACUUUGCCAUGGAGGCGCUGGCCAAGGCCACGUACGAGCGGCUCUUCCGCUGGCUGGUGCACCGCAUCAACCGGGCCCUGGACCGCACCAAGCGCCAGGGGGCCUCCUUCAUCGGGAUCCUGGACAUCGCCGGCUUCGAGAUCUUCCAGCUGAACUCGUUCGAGCAGCUGUGCAUCAACUACACCAACGAGCGGCUGCAGCAGCUGUUCAACCACACCAUGUUCGUCCUGGAGCAGGAGGAGUACCAGCGGGAGGGCAUCGAGUGGAGCUUCAUCGACUUCGGCCUGGACCUGCAGCCCUGCAUCGACCUCAUCGAGAGGCCGAACAACCCCCCGGGCAUCCUGGCCCUGCUGGACGAGGAGUGCUGGUUCCCCAAAGCUACAGACAAGACCUUCGUGGACAAGGUCCUCCAGGAACAGGGCACCCACUGCAAGUUCCAGAAGCCCCGGCAGCUGAAGGACAAGGCGGACUUCUGCGUCAUCCACUACGCUGGCAGGGUGGACUACAAAGCCGAUGAGUGGCUGAUGAAGAACAUGGACCCGCUGAAUGACAACGUCGCCACUCUGCUCCACCAGUCCACGGACAAGUUUGUCUCUGAGCUCUGGAAAGACGUGGACCGCAUCGUGGGAUUGGACCAGGUGGCGGGCAUGGCGGAGACGGCGUUCGGCGCCUCCUACAAGACCAAGAAGGGCAUGUUCCGCACGGUGGGACAGCUCUACAAGGAGUCCCUCUCGCGCCUCAUGGCCACGCUCAGGAACACCAACCCCAACUUUGUACGCUGCAUCAUCCCCAACCACCACAAGAGGGCUGGGAAGCUGGAGCCCCAGCUGGUCCUGGAGCAGCUGAGAUGCAACGGAGUCCUGGAGGGAAUCAGGAUCUGCCGACAGGGGUUCCCAAACCGCAUCCUCUUCCAGGAGUUCAGACAGAGGUAUGAGAUCCUGACCCCCAACGCCAUCCCCAAGGGCUUCAUGGAUGGGAAGCAGGCCUGUGACCAGAUGAUCAAGGUGCUGGAGCUGGACGCUAACCUGUACCGCAUCGGCCAGAGCAAGAUCUUCUUCAGGGCGGGGGUCUUGGCCCACCUGGAGGAGGAGAGGGACCUCAAGAUCACAGACAUCAUCAUCUACUUCCAGGCCGCCUGCAGGGGAUACCUGGCACGCAAGGCGUUCUCUAAGAAGCAGCAGCAGCUAAGCGCUCUGAAGGUUCUGCAGAGGAACUGCGCCGCCUACCUGAAGCUCAAGCACUGGCAGUGGUGGAGGCUCUUCACUAAGGUGAAGCCUCUCCUCCAGGUGAGCCGGCAGGAGGAGGAGAUGCAGGCCAAGGACGACGAGCUCCUCAAGGUUAAGGAGAAGCAGAGCAAGGUGGAGGAGGAGCUGGUGGAGAUGCAGAAGAAACAGCAGCAGAUGACGGAGGAGAAGAGCAUCCUGGCGGAGCAGCUGCAGGCGGAGACGGAGCUGUUCGCCGAGGCGGAGGAGAUGAGGGCCCGCCUGGCCUCCAAGAAGCAGGAGCUGGAGGAGAUCCUCCACGACCUGGAGUCUCGCGUGGAGGAGGAGGAGGAGAGGACCCAGGGCCUCCAGAACGAGAAGAAGAAGAUGCAGGCCCACCUCCAGGAGCUGGAGGAGCAGCUGGACGAGGAGGAGUCGGGCAGACAGAAGCUGCAGCUGGAGAAGGUGACGGCGGAGGCCAAGAUGAAGAAGCAUGAGGAGGUCAUCCUGGUGCUGGAGGACCAGAACUCCAAGUUCCUCAAGGAGAAGAAGCUGUUAGAGGAGCGUAUCAACGAGAUGAGCUCCGUCCUGACCGAGGAGGAGGAGAAGGCCAAGAACCUGGGCAAGAUGAAGAACAAGCAUGAGAAUAUGAUUGUGGACCUGGAGGAGCGGCUGAAGAGGGAGGAGAAGGGGCGCCAGGAGCUGGAGAAGGCCAAGCGGAAGCUGGACGGGGAGCUGUCGGACCUGCAGGAGCAGAUCGGGGAGCAGCAGGCGCAGGUGGAGGAGCUCAGGCAGCAGCUCACCAAGAAGGAGGAGGAGGCCCAGGUCUUCCAGUCGCGAGGUGAGGAGGAGGUGACCCAGAAGAACGGCGCCCUGAAGCAGGUGAGGGAGCUGCAGGCGCAGAUGUCUGAGCUCCAGGAGGACCUGGAGACGGAGAAGCUGUCCCGCAGCAAGGCGGAGAAGCUGAAGAGGGACCUGGGGGAGGAGCUUGAGGCACUGAAGACAGAGCUGGAGGACACCCUGGACACCACCGCCACACAGCAGGAGCUACGGACGAAGCGUGAGCAGGAGGUGACGGAGCUGAAGAAGGCGAUGGAGGAGGAGGCGAGGAGCCACGAGGCCCAGGUCCAGGAGAUGAGGCUGAGGCACGGCACGGCGCAGGAGGAGCUGGCUGAGCAGCUGGAGCAGGCCAAGAGGGUGAAGGCCAACCUGGAGAAGAGCAAGCAGAUGCAGGAGGGCUCCACCAAGGAGCUGGCCCUGGAGGUGAAGAACCUGCAGCAGGCCAAGCAGGAGGCGGAGCACCGCCGGAAGAAGAUGGACGGCCAGCUACAGGAAGUGGCCGCCCGGGCCGCCGAGGGAGAGAGAGCCCGGACCGAGCUGGCCGAGCGAGCUCACAAACUGCAGGCGGAGCUGGACGGGGUGACCACGCUGCUGGAGGAGGCGGAGCGGAGGAGCCUCAGGACCUCCAAGGACGUGGCGGGGCUGGAGGGCACCCUGCAGGACACACAGGAGCUCCUGGCCGAGGAGACGCGUCAGAAGCUGGGUCUGAGCAGCCGCCUCCGUCAGCUGGAGGAGGAGAAGAGCGCCCUGCAGGAGCAGCAGGAGGAGGAGGAGGAGGCGCGCAGCACCCUGGAGAAGGCACUGCUCAGCGUCCAGGCUCAGCUGGCGGAGACCAAGAAGAAGCUGGAGGAGGAGGUGGGUCUGCUGGAGGGGCUGGAGGAGGUGAAGAGGAGGCUGCAGAAGGAGCUGGAGCUGGCGGCCGUGCGGGCGGAGGAGAAGGGGGUGGCGCUGGAGAAGCUGGAGAAGAGCCGCAGCCGGCUGCAGCAGGAGCUGGAGGACAUGAGCGUGGAGCUGGACCACCAGAGGCAGCUGGUCUCCACCCUGGAGAAGAAGCAGAAGAAGUUUGACCAGCUGCUGGCGGAGGAGAAGAGCGUGGCGGCGCGCUACGGCGAGGAGCGGGACCGCGCGGAGGCCGAGGCCCGGGAGAAGGAGACCAAGGCGCUGUCGCUGACCCGGGCGCUGGACGAGGCUCUGGAGGCCAAGGAGGAGCUGGAGAGGGUCAACAAGACGCUCAGGGCCGAGAUGGAGGACCUGAUGAGCUCCAAGGACGACGUGGGCAAGAACGUCCACGAGCUGGAGAAGGCCAAGCGGAGCCAGGACCAGCAGCUGGAGGAGAUGCGCGUGCAGCUGGAGGAGCUGGAGGACGAGCUGCAGGCCACGGAGGACGCCAAGCUGCGUCUGGAGGUCAACAUGCAGGCCAUGAAGGCGCAGUACGACCGCGAC